AAAAUUGAACUAUUUAAUUUAAAAACAAAUUAAGCUCAACACGCAAUUUUAACUAAAACCAACUCUAUAAAUUCCACAACACACCACAACUAAUCCACAAUAGUUAACGAAACACAAAGGAAUACUAAACUAAAAUAUUUACAACAUAAAACGCUUUAAAACGUUUAAAUGGCAUUUCAUUUGAAACGCACGCUGAUAUUACUAGCCACAGUAAUGGUGAUCAUGCAAAUAACUAAAGGCCAGGAUGAACCUCCUGCCGAAUCCGAGGAAGAAGAUGACUCCUCUUCCGAAGAAACUGUGGAGGAUUCUAAUGAGGCCGGUAAGCGUAGACGUCGUUCUGUGGAGACAUCGGUGGAGGGAGCCGAUGUUAGUGCUGGUGAGCCAAAUUCUGCUCCUGCUUUGCCUGGAUUACCCGCUUUGCCUGCAUUACCCGCCAUACCCGGUCUACCAGAUGCCCAAACUAUAAUGCAAAUUGCCGAAAUUCUAACAAGUGUGGGCCAACAAGUGUUGCCCAUUUUAGUUUCAGGUAAUUCGGGUGUUUCUGGUUUUGUAACAAAUCGUGCAGCACGUGAUAAGAAAUUUUUGAAAAAUUUCAAAAAUGAAAUCGAUGUUUUCACACAUAAUAUGAAAAAGAAGAAAUAA